AAUAAAAAUAUACUUCAAUUGUUAAAAAAAUAAAUAACGAAAUCAAAUCAAGAUGAUUUUAGUAUAUGCUUUAAUUACAUUUUAUAUAUUUUGGAAGUAUAUAAAGUUCUACAAAUUACAAAAAAUUUUCGUAAAUAUACCAAGCCCAAAAGGAUAUCCAAUAAUUGGUAAUUAUUUGGAUUUUAUUAAUUCGUCAGACAGUGAAAUUUUUAAAUUAACAUGCGACAGAUGUUCUACUUAUUAUCCACGACUAUGGGCUGUUUGGAUUUGGAUGAAGCCUGCGCUUAUUCUUCAUAAAGCUGAACAUAUCGAAGCAAUUUUGAAAGGUGUUAUUCCAACUAAGAAAAGUCGUGUCUAUAAAUAUGUGGAACCGUGGCUUGGUCAAUCAUUGUUAACUUCAGCCGGUAUGCAUUGGAAAACCCAUCGUAAAUUAUUAACACCAGCAUUUCAUUUUACAAUUUUAAAAGAAUUUCAAAGUGUUAUCAGUGAAAAGGCCGAUAUAUUGGUGGAUCGCUUAAAAACAGCUAUGGAAAAUAAUCAGGAAAUUGAAUUACUACCAUAUAUUAAUCAAUGCACAUUGGAUGUUAUCUGUGAAACAUCAAUGGGAGUCUCAAUAAAUGCUCAAAGUGAUUCACCACCAGUUUAUUACGAAGCGAUUACUAAUUUUACCGAAUUAGCAAUUAAAAGACAAUUUUCAAUGUUUGGAAAGUAUGAAUUUCUUUGGAAUUUAACUUCGCAAGGAAGGCGUCAAAGUGAAUGCUUAAAAAUCUUACAUGAUUUUGCCGAUGCUGUUAUUCAAGAACGAAAACAUAAGUUACAACAAAACAUUACGGAUGAAAACAAUAAUGAGGAAGACAACAGAAAAUUAAAACCAUUCUUAGACAUAAUGUUAGAAUCCGAUGAACCAUUAACUGAUAAAGAAAUUCGUGAUGAAGUGAGCACAUUUUUAUUUGCUGGCCAUGAUACAUCAUCCACAAACAUUAAUUGGACAUUAUUUUUACUUGGAAACUAUCCACAUAUUCAAGAUCGUGUAUAUGAAGAAUUAAAUUCAAUAUUUAAUGGUUCAAAAAGGCAUGCAACCAACGACGAUUUAAUCGAAAUGAAAUACUUAGAAAUGUGCAUUAAAGAAUCAUUACGAAUGUAUCCAAGUGCACCGCGAAUAUCCAGGGUUAUAACAGAAGACACAAAUAUUGAUGGUUAUUUUAUACCGAAAAAUACAAGUGUUUGUAUUCACAUAUACAAAGUACACCAUGAUCCAGAACAUUUUUCACAACCAGAAACCUUUAAUCCGGAUAAUUUCUUACCAGAAAAUAUUGCAAAACGUCAUCCAUUCUCGUAUAUUCCUUUUAGUGCUGGUGCUAGAAAUUGUAUUGGACAAAAAUUUGCAAUUCAAGAAAUUAAAUUAAUUUUAUCGUCAAUUUUGAGGAGCUUCAAAGUGAUAUCAUUAAGUAAUCAACAUGAUGUUCAAAUUCAAUCGGCAUUCAUCUUAACAUCGAAAGAAGGUUUGAAGUUUCGACUCGUACCCAGGCUAUGAAUGAAUUUACCAUACAAUUUAAGAAGAAAACUUUUAAGUCCCGACUUCCGAUAAUAUUAUAAUUAUCAAUAUGUAUUAAUAUUAUUACCUUGUCAUGAUCUGUCUUUCGAGAUAACAG